AUGUCACCUGAUUCGCGACCAUUAACACCGCCUCAUCAUCCGAACUUUGGUGUGCGCAUGUCCAGUGAGAGCAUCAACCGUUUGGGGCGCCACGUACUUCCCGACGAUACCCAGAUAGACUUGGAACCUCUUCCGUCUUUGAAGUCCUUCAAUAACCGGAUCUACUAUCUCAAAUGUCAUAUAAAAGCCCAAGGAGGUGGCAAUACAGCUCGUAUUGAUGAGCUUGUUCUCAAGAUCAAUGGUCGAGGAUUUGGGCCAGAGAAGAUUCAAAAUGAGGUUUCUUGUCUACGCCUGCUGGAGCACUUUUGUCCUGAGAUCCCAGCGCCUCGUGCGGUAGCUUGGUCUCAGGAUGGAUCGACUUUCGAUACCAAAGACGCGCAGCACAGGGAGAUGAAGCUCAAUGGUAUGGAUGAGGCCCCGGGUGGUUGGAUAUUGAUGACGAGAGUUCCGGGACGGCCCAUCAACCUAUUUGCAAUCAAUGAUGACGACAAAGUUCAUCUAGCGACACAGUUGGCAGAUCAUGUUACCAACUGGCGACAAAACAUUCCUCCUCAGGUAUAUGCCGGGAAUCUCUGCUUCCAGGUUGCGAAUGAACCAAACUCUCGGCCUGAUAUCGCCCUCCCAAACGGAACGGGGCUCAUAGUCAGAGGCAUGCUAGGAGAGGAACUUUAUUCCAAAGAAGUUAUUGCUUCGCUUGCAGGCUAUUACAGGCUGAGGAUAGAGAACAAGAUAAAGACCUUGGAGACGAACGCGACGUUUGCGCCAAACAGAGGUCUCGUGCAGCCUCUGCAAACGUUCAUACGACAAGACCUCCCUACCAUUGGGGUAUUGACCACCGAGGAUGACUCCUUUGUAUUCACUCAUUACGACCUAUCCCCCCGAAACAUCCUCACAUCUGGCCAGCCCCCUCGAAUCACUGGCAUCGUGGACUUUGAGUUCUCUGGGUUCUUUCCACCGCUCGAUGAAUUCCUGAACGACUGUAUCGCCAACGAUGGUGAUUGGCCUAAAGAUAUGUACGAGACAUAUUUGGGGCGGUUGGAGAGCAAUGGUGUACUAACGCCCUUGGAAGGAAUAAAGAACGGCCAAUGGGAGCAGAUGGCAUUAUUGGAAGAGCUGGUUGGAAAGAGUGCACCUUGGUGGUUGCCUGGCGAGUUUCAAGGUCAACAGCUGGAACAAGAGUUAAACAAGGUCAUGUCACGAGUUGAGGAGAUAUUAAAGAAGUUGAGAAAGUGA